GCAUGCGCAAACCUACAGGAAGUGUUAACAUUUUCUCUCACCAGCUGAUGAAGCCAAAUUGUCAACAGUGAAACCUGCGAUAUCUGCUGAAACCACAGUAAACACGAUAGAACAGAGAGUGAAGAGACGUCGGGACACAUCAGCGAGACCUGACUCCACUCUGGAAGGCGGUGCAAGUGCCUGACGUCCCCAGAAGCCCCCCUCCCCCAGGGAGGAGACCCCCUGCUGGUAUGAGCUCCAGAGGGAGUGGAGGCCGCACCAACGGCACACUGCCACAAACCAAGAUCUGCCAGUUCAAGCUGGUGCUGCUGGGGGACAUGGCGGUGGGCAAGUCCAGCCUCGUGCUGCGAUUCGUCAAAGGGCAGUUUGACGAGUUCCAGGAGACGACCAUAGGAGCGGCGUUCCUGGCUCAGUCGGUGUGUUUAGACGACACCACGGUGAAGUUUGAGAUCUGGGACACGGCGGGACAGGAGCGCUACCACAGCCUCGCCCCCAUGUACUACAGAGGAGCUCAGGCCGCCAUCGUGGUCUUCGACAUCACCAAGCCGGACACCUUUGAGCGAGCGAAGGCCUGGGUGAAGGAGCUGCAGAGGCAGGCCAGUCCCAACAUCGUGAUCGCUCUGGCUGGGAACAAGGCGGACCUGGCAGAGAGGAGACUAGUGGAGUACGAGGACGCCCAGACGUACGCUGAAGACACUGGCUUGCUCUUCAUGGAGACCUCUGCUAAAACAGCCAUGAACGUCAAUGAGCUCUUCCUGGCUAUUGCAAAAAAGAUGCCAAAAACAGACACCCAGAACCCCACACAUGCAGCGCGACACCGGGGCGUGAACCUCCAGGAUCCGGACGCCCACUCCAACCGAGCCUGCUGCGGGGGGAACUAAACCCCCACGAGUCUGAGCCCCACCCUCCACACCACCUCCACCCUGAAACCAUCCUGUCUCCUUCCACCAACAAACAGGGGGAACUGAAGCGGAGAAAAUCCACUUCCCUCACCCAUCCAUUCAUCCUCCAGACAGAAACUGAAGGAGAGGAAACGAGGAAAGGAAGAGUCGGAGGAGUUGUGACCCACUCACUGAGAUUUGGAGAGGGGAGGUUGGACUGAGAGGAGGG